AUGACAACCGCUACGAUCAUAACCCGUCGGGCAUUUCGCCGGACCGACGACUACACCCCGGGCACCCCGAAGUUGAAGUAUGUGGAGGAAGUUCUGCCUCCUCUCGGUCUGACAUCGGUCUUGAUAAAAAUUCAUGCAAUUUCUCUGAAUUACCGGGAUGCCAACAUCGCGAACGGUGGGAAUCCCUGGCCCGUGUUACCGAACGGUAUACUAUGCAAUGAUGCAGCAGGUGAAGUGGUCGCUACUGGUGAAAAGGUGAAGAACCUUGCUGUCGGUGACAAAGUAGCCCCUAUUAUCGACACAAAGUACAUAACCGGGCGAGAGCUAGGCCGCUCCUGGCUAGCUGCUGAUGAAGACGGUGUUAUGGCGGACCAUGUCGUUUUCGACGAGGAGGUUGUAGUCAAACUUCCAGAUCAUCUUGACUUUAUCAGCGCUGCAACGAUUCCUUGCGCUGGAGUUACUGCGUGGUCGGCACUAAAAGGCAUGAGUAUCGGUCAGACUGUCUUGAUUCAAGGAACUGGUGGAGUCAGUGUGUUUGCACUGAAGCUUGCUCGAGCCGCGGGUCUUCAAGUGAUCUUGACAUCCUCGAGUGAUCACAAACUGGAGAAGAUGAAGGAGAAAUAUCCAAAUCCACCACUGUUGACAGUCAACUAUUCCAAAAUUCCAGACUGGCAUGAGGAAGUUCUAAGGCUUACUGAUGGUGUUGGUGUUGAUAUUGUGGUUGAAAAUGGUGGUACCCCAUCAUUAAUUCAGUCUAUGAAAUGUACUCGAAGGGGUGGGAUUGUUAGCCAAGUUGGAUAUCUCGGCAAGCAGAAUCCCCAAGACCUGGCUGAGCUCGUUCCGAUUAUCAUUGACAGACGGGUUGUCUUAAGGGGUAUCAAUGCAGGAUCUAAGUAUGACACUGAAGAUUUCUGUGCUGCCCUGUCAGCUACCAAGGUGCAACUGGACGACCUGAUCGACUCAACCUUUCCUUUUGAAAAGGCCGAGGAGGCAGUUGAGUAUAUUUGGCAGGGAAAACAGGUCGGGAAGCUUGUUCUUUGUCUCUAG